AAAGGCAAUGAACGAUACUGUACUGCGAUGAGAAUAGUGGCUUCGACUAUAGUGUAUGGUGAUGAGAACAAAGGCGAUGGACGAUACUGUAUGGUGAUGAAAACAAAGGUGAUGGACGAUACUGUAUGGUGAUGAAAACAAGGCAGUAGACGAUACUGUACGACGAUGAGAACAAUGGCUUGGACGUAUACUGUACGGUGAUGCGAACAAGGCAAUGGAAGAUACUAUACGACUGAGAACCAUGGCUCUAACUGCAACUCUGAUGUUUACGUACAAGACGAGAAAACACUCGUAAAAAGGUAUUCUUUAGAACAAGCCAGUUUUUUGAUAGCCCUGAUAGUGCCUACAGCAGGAGCUGUACGGUAAGCUCCAGUACGGAAACGUUGACUAUAAUGUUACCACCAUGACAAGCAGCUUCUCUGGGUAUGCUUGAUUGUACAGUGAGAUUGAGACUCUUUUUUCGUUUGAGGAUCUGUUGUUUUGACGAUGAGCAAGAUUGAAAAGAAUGGCACAAUCUUCGUAGUUAAAGUACGCGAUGACCAUUGACCUUGCUGAGCGCAUUGUGCUCAACGUGGGCGGCAUCCGUCACGAGACAUACAAGGCCACGCUGAAGAAGAUCCCAGCCACACGUCUGUCUCGCCUGACGGAGGCUCUCUCCAACUACGAUCCAGUGCUCAACGAAUACUUCUUUGACCGCCAUCCUGGGGUCUUCACACAGAUCCUAAACUACUACCGCACAGGCAAGCUCCACUAUCCCCUUGACGUGUGCGGUCCUCUCUUCGAGGAGGAACUAGAGUUCUGGGGCCUUGACUCCAACCAGGUGGAGCCUUGCUGCUGGAUGACCUACACGAAGUAUCGAGACACGCAGGACGUUCUCGAAAAACUCGACUCCCUCGAUCUGGAUGUUGCUAAAUUGACAGAAAAAGAAAUCAUGAAGAAGUUUGGCCUUGAGGGUGACUACACCUAUGGUACACUCACCAGCUGGCAGCGUGUUAAGACCAGGAUAUGGGCAAUCUUUGAAGAACCUUACUCUUCUACGUUUGCCCAGAUCAUCUCCGUUUUCUCGGUCUUCUUCGUGUGUCUGACCGUCUUGACCAUCUCUCUGAAGACGCUGCCUGAAAUUCAGAUGGUGGUGCUGUCCACCAACAGAGUAAUAGGUCCUGACGGCAAUGUUUACGAGUAUCUGAAAGGAGAGAAUUCAGAACCCAUGGAAUUUUUUUUCUACGUGGAGAGUGUAAUCAACUGCUGGUUUACCUUUGAAAUCAUUAUUCGCUUUCUUGUCACCCCACGAAAAAUUGAAUUUAUUGCGUCACCAUCAAACAUCAUAGAUAUGGUAGCAACAUUUUCCUUUUAUAUGGAUUUCUCACUCAGUAAAGCGAAUCUGAAAAGUAAUCUCCUGGGCCUACUCUCCACAGUCCGAGUCAUGCGACUGGUCAAGCUGACGCGACACCAUGCUGGACUCAAGAUUCUGCUGCAGACCAUGAAGGCCUCAGCUAAAGAACUCUUCCUGCUCAUUUUCUUCCUGGCGGUUAGCGUUGUUAUCUUCGCAGCUGCCGUAUAUUAUGCUGAGAAGACUGAGAAUAAUCCAGGCAAUAUGUUUACCAGCAUUCCAUCUGGCAUGUGGUGGGCCCUCGUCACUAUGACGACAGUGGGCUACGGUGAUAUGACGCCUCAGACGUACUUAGGAAGGAUUGCGGGUGGCGUGUGUGCUUUGGCUGGUGCUCUCACCAUUGGACUACCUGUGCCUAUCAUCGUCUCCAACUUCUCUCUCUUCUACUCGCACACCAAGGCUCGCGCCCAGCUGCCCAAGACGCGGCGUCGCGUUGUACCCCUUGCAGGACAGCCGGUAACCCACAGGAUAUCAUUUAGAAGGGCUGGCAGCAGCUAUGUAGCCGACAUUGUCGAAAAAGCCCGAUUACAGGCUAAAAUGGAAAUGAUGGAGAAAGAGCUUCUUCACAAACAAUCACAAUCUUCAGCCGCUGAGGAAAACAUGGAAACUAAGGCUAAACUGCACGUUCUGGAGAAUAAUCUUUCUCUCAAAAAAUCUAUAGACGAUGAAGAAAGAAAGGAAAGUAGUGUGUAUUAAAAAAUUUCAAGUUUAUAUCUAUGCUGCAGUAUCCGAAUAAAUGGUUGCAAUUGUGGUAUGUUUUUUUUUUUUUGAUCUCAUGAGUAUAUGCAUGUAUGGUUUAGCAAACAGUUAAGAUUAAAUCCAGUCAAGCAUCUGUCUUAAAGUUAUUACUGUAUCCAAAUAAAACAAAGUGCUCACUUCAAAUCAUCCUUGUCAUAAUCCCACAGUUGUUUGACACAUAAUUUUUAAAUUUUUUUCAGAAAUCUUGGACAUAUUUACAUUUCCAAAAAAUAUCCUGAAUGUUUUAUUUUUCACAUUUACAAUAAUCACAAAAAUCAUCCUUCUCUAGACACAGGUCACACAGGUCUCUAGACCCAUAUUAAAUAAAAUUAUUUUUGUCCCCAGUAUUCCAUGCAGGACUCUGAUUUGAAGCCAUUUCAAUUUAAUAUCCUUAACAUUGGCUACUUUUCUGAAGAUUGUCGCAUAACGCGAUCGGGCGUCGCGGGACUUGCUCUCUCACAGGUACAUUCGCAAUCACACAGAGGGUUCGGCAGCAAUAGCAACAAAUGUAUUAACUUUGACAAAAUUGAGUAUUGCUACUCUUCCUAAUAGAGUUAAAUGUCUUUUUGAAUCAAUGCUCCAUAUUGCUUAGUUUGAUUAUGAUGUGCCUGUUUUUAUUUAAGAACUUGUGUAUAUCAGGAAUUAAAUAUUAGUUAAUAUUUUUGUAAGUUUAGAUUGGAACAAAUUUACAUGUCUGUUUGUUAGUAGUGUUAGGAUUUACAUCUGAGUUAAUUAUUGUACGCAUGUAUGUCAAAUACAUGAACAGAAAUUUAUAUAUACACGUUUUUAUCACAAACAAGUUCAUAUUAGGUUUAUAUUGAUGAUUACAUUUAUUUUUUACCUUCUUUAUGCAUGUUCAUGGAAAGGAAUAAUAUAGAUUAUAAAUUAAUGACAAUGUUUGAAUGGAUUUGGUUUGAUUUACUGUUCGACUUUGUAAAAUGUAUCCUUAUCACAACAAUAUUAAACAGUCAAUUGUUAUGUGUGCAUUUAAACCGUCACAAACUCCUCUUUGUAAAAAUCAUUAAAGGCAUAUAAAACCAUGCAAAUUUUACAUCAUUUCAUAUAACAGCCUUCUAGAAAUUCAGUCAAAGAAGGUUUAUUUUAUUUAGUAAUAAUUAAUAAUGGUCAUUCUCAUCAAGCUUCACAAUUCCAAGGUACGUAACUGCAUUAAAGAGGACAAGAGAGUGAAACUUCUUAUUUCGAAAUGUAAUCAAUUGUUUUCCUUGCAAUGACAUCUGAAAGUCAUUCUGGAGAAAAUGGCUGUGAUCACCAAGAAUGCCAAUAUCUUCAAUGCAGUAGGAGAAACAAAUGGAAUCUGAAUGGACAACCACCCAGUCCAGGAUGUACCAUGUGUGGGAGAAAAGGAUAAGUUAUACUAAACCCUGGUCUUGCCUCACUGUCUUGAGAUAACAGUGUAUAUGAUUAUAUAUUAUCUAGUCUGAAAAUGAAUUCCGCUGCCAGCGGUAGUGUAGGAAGAUGCUCGGCUUUUGGAGGGCAACCUUCAAGAUGAGUGAAUGAUGU